CUGCAGCCCCGAAAAGGUCCUCAGCACCACUCUCACGUACACACGUGUGCAGUGCCCUGUUGCCAUGGCGGACCUACAGAUGAAGCUGCUCCGCAAGAAAAUUCAGAAAAGAAAUGAUAAGAACAAGGAGCGCAAACUGCUCAGGGAGCAAGCAGAGGAGGAAGAGACCGUAAACUCAAACGGACUGGAAGAGAAGUCUAAGAAGAAGAAGCAGAAGAAACAGAUCGUGGUUCCACUGGAAGAGGCCCCGGCAGAGGAAACCCCUCUGAAGAAGAAGACGAAGAAGAAACGGAAGCUGGCUGACGUUGCGGAGUCACCAGUUGAGAAGAAGACCAAAACAGUGGAGGAAGACACUCUAGCAGAUGGAGAAAAGAAAAGCCAUAAACCAGAGGAAGCUGCAGAUGACGAAGAGGAGGACUCCAACAGUGAAGAGGGAGAGGAAGAACAGCCCGAGUUACCAUCUGGUUUAACAGGAGCAUUUGAGGACACGUCCUUCUCCUCUCUUGCUGAGCUGGUGAGUGAGAACACGCUGAAAGCUGUGAAGGAGAUGGGCUUCGAACACAUGACUGAGAUCCAGCACAAAAGUAUCCGCCCCUUGCUGGAGGGAAGGGAUGUUCUGGCUGCUGCCAAGACAGGGAGUGGUAAAACCUUGGCCUUCCUCAUCCCGUCUAUAGAGCUCAUCUAUAAACUCAAGUUCAUGCCCAGGAACGGCACCGGCGUAGUGAUCCUUUCCCCCACACGCGAGUUGGCAAUGCAGACGUACGGCGUGCUGAAGGAGCUGAUGUCGCACCACGUGCACACCUUUGGUCUGACCAUGGGAGGCAGCAACCGCUCGGCAGAGGCCCAGAGACUGGCCAACGGGGUCAACAUCCUGGUGGCCACACCCGGUCGUCUGCUGGACCACCUCCAGAAUACUCCUGGGUUCAUGUACAAGAACCUUCAGUGUCUGAUUAUCGACGAGGCCGACCGAAUCUUAGAAGUGGGCUUCGAGGAGGAGCUGAAGCAGAUCAUCAAGCUGCUGCCAAAGAAGAGACAGGCCAUGCUGUUCUCGGCCACGCAGACCCGUAAGGUGGAGGAUCUGGCUCGCAUCUCCCUCAAGAAGGAGCCGCUUUACGUGGGCGUGGACGACAACGCGGACAACGCCACUGUCGACGGCCUGGAGCAGGGUUACGUGGUGUGUCCGUCGGAGAAGCGCUUCCUGCUGCUCUUCACCUUCCUGAAGAAGAACCGCAAGAAGAAGCUCAUGGUCUUCUUCGCCUCCUGUAUGUCUGUGAAGUUCCACUACGAGCUCCUCAACUACAUCGACCUGCCCGUCAUGGCCAUCCAUGGCAAACAGAAGCAGACCAAGCGCACAACCACCUUCUUCCAGUUCUGCAACGCCGACUCGGGCAUCCUGCUGUGUACUGACGUGGCAGCCCGAGGCCUGGAUAUCCCCGAGGUGGACUGGAUCGUCCAGUACGACCCCCCAGAUGACCCCAAGGAAUACAUCCACAGGGUGGGCAGGACGGCCAGAGGCAUCGACGGCAGAGGCCACGCGCUCCUCAUCCUCCGGCCAGAGGAGCUCGGCUUCCUGCGCUUCCUGAAACAGGCCAAGGUUCCACUGAGUGAGUUUGACUUUUCGUGGAGUAAAAUCUCUGAUAUCCAGUCCCAGAUGGAGAAGCUGAUUGAGAAGAAUUACUAUCUCCACAAGUCGGCCCAAGAGGCCUACAAGUCCUACGUGAGGGCGUACGACUCCCACUCGCUCAAACAGAUCUACAAUGUCAACACCCUCAACCUCCCCAUGGUGGCGCUGUCGUUUGGCUUCAAAGUGCCUCCUUACGUCGACCUGAGCAUUCACGCUGGUAAAGGUGGGAAGAUGCAGAAGCGAGGUGGGGGAGGAGGAUUUGGAUACCAGAAGACCAAUUACGGGCAGAAAUCCAGAGUCUUUAAGCACGUCAACAAAGGAAAGGGGGACGGGAGGCAGUUCUCCCGCUGAACCCCCUUCAAGAGAACUCUCCUGUCUAUUUGAAGACCUGCCCUUUUAUCUGAUGAACUUCCUGCUUUGACCAGAGGGUUGCUUGCAUCUCUCUGGCAUGUAGAGAUUAUUUUGUAAAUGUACACAUCGUGGAUGUGGUGUUGGAGUAGGCCGCUGCAUUCCUCCUUUGCUCCACUGUGGACUCACUUUUCUAACAUGACUUCAUGUUACCUGUCUGGAAUAUAAAAUCUGUUGACUUUCA